UGGGCCCAUCGCGUGUCGCGUCUGUAGCCGAGAGAAGAGCUCUCCGAGUCUUUUGCCCCUUGGGUGUUUUUUGGUUUUUGUUCGUACGUCACUCCCUUUUUUCUUCUUCUUAUUCUUCGUUGUUCUUCUUUUCACGAUUUUCGAAACCGCGGUGGAUCGAUCAACUCUCAGAUUGUAUAAAAUCGAUCCCGGUCUCGAUGGUGGUUCACUCCACUCUCGUCGUUCACAGUGCGCGUUGAUCAAUGCGAUCAAUGAAUUCCACCCCGUGUGACCCGUGUAAUUAAAUGUGCGUGAUCGUCGGAAGGUGGUUUCUUCUUUUUUUUCAUUUGACAGUGUCGUGGAUGGUGCAGUUUUGUGUGUGUUACUCUUAGUUUGAGAAUAAUUCGGCGACGUGAGAGAUAUAGAGACGAUGAAAACGAUGCGUUUGGAUCAAGGAACGUUUCUCUAUUUUUCUGAGAUGCUGGGAUAAGCCUCGGACCGAGGAGUAAGGUAUAAAUCGAGUAAAACAAGCCACCAGAUUCUCCCCCGCAAAAUGUGACGUCGUUGGUACCAUGAUGAGUGGUUUCGAAGAGGUCGCAUUCAAGCCGCUUACAGGAGGCGGCAGCAUCCCGUUCGCCGACGAUGACGCUUCGACGAUACCGAGCCAAUCGGCUCUCUACCCACCGGAGAACCUGCAAGUGUUUCCGGGGGAACCGGAAGCGCGGCUUACCAUUGGCCACUUCCGGGGUCCGCUGCUGAAGAGCUGCACGGAGAGCAGCGUGCCUUCGACGCGGAGUCUGAGCCAGAGUCUCGGAGCGGCGAGAUCGGCGCUGAGGAAGAGCCGGACGGACGGGUGCGUUCCAUUCGCCGGAAGUGGAGCGGUGGGGACGCGGAGGCGACCAGAAGUCGGUCCGGGGGUGGAGAACGGGGCGCAGCAGGAGUCGUCGAGCGGAGAGGACAGGUCGAAGAGCACGAACUCGAUCGACGCCCACUCCGUGAACAACAUCCUCGACCAGUACGAGGAUCUCGAUUACAGUCCGUCGUCGGGUCUCAGCGACGUCGGUAGCAUAGACGUGAACAAUUUCGAGGCGACGAUGAACCUCCAGAGGCAAAGGGAGGCGGCAUCAAAGUUGAAGAAGCCGAAACCAGGGCCGAUUUUACCGCAGACAAAAAUUGGCGCGAAAAUCGGUAAGCCGAUCGGUCUGCAGACUGACCAGCAUCGGGUCAACUCCGAGGUCGAGAUCCUUCUGCGGAAGGGCGAGGUCCAGAAGAGGGUCGACGCCUGGCUCAGCCAGAGCCAGAGCCAGGGAUUUAAGGGGGGCAAAGAGCGCCCUCUUGUAAGGUCUAACAGUAGCAGCUGCUCCGGGUACGGCAAGGCCCCGAAUGCCGAGGGUAUAAGGGCGAAGCCUAAGGGAGGGGCUGAGACGCUGAGCUGCGACGAGCUGAGCGAGGAGAAGGUGCGUCGCGAGAAAGUCAGCGUGGGGGUGAACACAAGCCGUGGGCCCUACAAGGAGUACCUGGCGAACAGGAGUAGGGCCCGGCAGCAAGAGCAGGCACCGAAAACUACAGCGUCGCGGAUCCCGCAGCGGGGAAACGCCGCGGUUAACGUGAGUAAAGCCCCGAAGACCGGUGGCGAAGCGGAGAGGGAUAAGGAGAAGGCCCGGAACGGGCCCAUCGCCGUGCCGACGCGGCGAUCCUCGUUGAAGCGCGCUGCCGCCGCUGGCGGUGAAGUCGGGACAGUCAAGGCCGCGGGGCCCUGCACGAAGGGCCCGAGUCCGAUCGGCGAGUCGCGGCCAAAUAAGGAGGGAGAAAGCUGCCGCUCGGUUAUCGACGCGACCUUGGCGCCGACGCUUCGGGCCCCCGCCGAUCGGAAGGAGGGCCGAUCGCGGGCCCCGCCGGUACCGAGGAAGGCGAAUCCCGUGUCGAGCUUCAAACCGAACAACGCGAUGUACGCGACCCUCCAGACCGAGGAGGAUCAGCCCUUCGCCACCAGUCUUGGUAGCGAAUCGGUUGUCCGGUCUCAUUACGCGACCCCGAAGAUCAUUGAGAAGAUUUACGAACGACCGAUGCUCGUCAUUCAUGCCGAUGACCUGGAGGACGUUCUCAGGCCGAACGCUGCCGCAAAGGUCUCGGCUUACGGCGAUCGGCAAAUCGGAAAACCGCGUACCACGGUCGGCGGGGUUUUUGCCCCACCGCCGGAAGACGAUCGUGCCUUUAUCGAGAUCGAGGCUGGAUCGCGGAGUGAGCUGCUUGAGACCAUCAUGGAGGACCAGAGGAAGGAGAAUGGGGACCACCGGGAACCCAGGUUCGGCACCGCGAACCACCUCGAGACGAUUUAUGCCUCUCCGAGAUCGUCGGGGAUAGGGAAGGUCGGAGAAUCGGCCAGGAACACCUUUACUACUUUCCGACAAUCGCCAAGCGUGGUGAAUUCUCAGGACGUGCAAAAUGGGAACCAGGAGCUCGAAGCGAAGCCGGAAACGCCGUUGACGAACGGUGCUCUUCGUCCGGAACCGGAAAUCGGCAAGGAGAAAAUUCCGCCGGUUGUCAACGCGGUCCUGAUGAAGACCCUGCGGUUUGAACAGGAUCUGCCAGCCGUUGUGAUAACGCCGAAAAUCGAGCCACCAGAGAAAAUUGAACCGGUUUUUAACCCACCGAUCAACGGUUUCAACUCGCGGGACGUUCUCAGCAGCGAUUACGACAACGUUUUGCUUCAGGAUUCGCUCAGGGCCAAGGAAGAGAAGCUCUACGUUACGAAAGAGGAGAUGGAGCAUGAACGGUUAAUGGAAAUGCUGCGGAAGGGCGACUUCGAGGCAGCUAAAUCGGAAUUGGAGCGAAGCUACACCCUCUCAACACCUGGAGGCGGAAGUCCGAUAUGUUGUCCACCUUGCAGCCCGCCACCAGCACCAACGGCUUACAUUUCGAGCGCCAGAGCGUCGUCUCGUCGUCUGGGAGUCGGAGGACCUUCAUCCCCGGAAAGAGAUCCGCUCGGAAGAUUGCUCAGAUUCUUGAAGACCUUCUACAGGGAAUUGGGGACCAGGGAUCCACCCCACCUUCCGGCGUGGGCGGCUCCUCUACCUCUUGGCACCCUCUGCCCGGCUCAUUUUCAGCCUCAUCUACAGCUGAUUCACAAAAGCGAGCAGGAGCAUCGCCUCGAGAACAUAAAAAUCGACCAGAUCUUCGCUCCCGUUAGGCUCAGUGACGGCUCGGUGUCGGAAGCGCCUCGUCGAGUGGCUAUCGAAGGAGGACCAGGCAGCGGUCGAACGACGCUGUGCCUGCGGCUUUUGCACCAAUGGGCGACUCAGGUCGACGGCGGUUCACCGGCACUGGCGCUGAUCGUGCCGCUCCGUGAACUCCGGGGAAGUUCGGUGCUGAGUUACCUGUCGCGAGAGCUACUGCCACGGACAUCGGGGCUGGGGGACGCGGCUACCCAGGUGUGGAGAACGCUGCACCUGAUGGAGGACCGCGUCCUCUUCGUCCUGGACGGGUACGACGAGUGCGUGGGAGGCCGGCCCUCCCUCAGCGACGCGAUCGACCUCUUGGAGGGUCGCCUCUUCCCCGACGCCCGCAUCCUGGUCACCUGCUCGCCCAAGAAUUCCGGGGCCCUUUCGCCCCUCGUUCAGAGACGCGUUAACCUCGCUGGCCUCGAGUGGCCCCACGUCGAGAGAUUAUGCGCGGCCUAUUUCAUCCACAACGACAUCGCCGAUCGCGUACGCGACUUCCUCGAGGUCCUUAACGCCCAGCCGCAACCCGUUCGACAACUUGGACAACAUCCCCUUGGAUGGGUUAUGCUGUGUUCGCUCUACCAGGACUCGGGCAGCCUCCCGGAGGAAGGGAGCGCACUGGUCCAAGCAGCGGUGAAAUGCAUCGUAAAGCGAAGCCUGGACCCGCCACUCUCCUACACCGAAGAAAUACCGGGUCACUGCAGAAAGCGGUUGGAGGACUUCGGCCGACUGGCUUUGGGAGCGCUCCGCGAGGGGCGCUGCUGCUACACGGAGGCGGAGCUUCGGGCCCGAGGUGGGGGGUUAGAAGUGACGCGUCUGGGUUUCCUCACGCGGGGCCUGACCUUUGGCCAGCGCAGGAAGCCCGAGCUUUUCACACCGAUCCACGCGGCAGUCACCGAGUUCCUGGCCGCCUAUUACCUAACCUCGGUUGCUCAGUACGCCAACAUCCUGCGCCGAGAGCUGGAGGGCCUUCCCGCCGGUAUAAUCGGGCACCUCGCGGGCCUGCUGGGCCCCAAGACCCACCUGAUCCUAAACCAGCUCUGCCCCCUCGAGGUUCCGCCGCGGGCCGUCUUCUCCCUCCUUAAAUCGGCCGGCGCAAGUGACGGCAACAUCACCGCCGUCUGCAGGCUCGUCGGUGCUGGCCCCGGGUUUGGGCCCGCUCCCAACGAGCCUCGCGUCGCUCCCCUCGUCCACACUGUUCCUAUAGAGCUUGAGGGCUGGGCCCGCAUCCUCGAGUCCUCCGCCUGCACGCUCGAGGCUCUCGAGGUCGUUUUUCAGGUCGAAAGAGGCUCGGAUCCCAGGUUUCUUGACGACUUUUUUGAGGCCCUUGCCGCAAACGAGAGCGUCAGAUUGGUCAGGAUCACCUCGCUUCUCGGGCACGAGUUUCCGGUGGACGAGGCUCAGCGGCUUGCUCGUCACCUGAAGAGCGUGCUCGGGAAAAAUCGACUCAACGAUUUCGAACUCGUCAUUACCUGUCUGGAGGAGUCGGCGCAUGACAGGCUCGAGUGCGUUGUCAGCGCACUCUGUCGGGGCUUGGCCAACGCCUCGCCGCAAUUGGCUCGCUUAGUUUUGGACAUGAAUUUGUCCGGUGAACAAGUUUCAAGGGUCUGCGAGGCCCUAAGAAGCUGCGUCCAGGUCCAGGCUCUCCAUUUGCCCCAUCUGGGAUGUGGCCGUGAAGGACUCGCCUCGGUCGCUGAACUCCUCAAGGAGCGGCCUCUCCUCGCCCUGAAUCUCGCCGGAAGUUGGGGUGCCAAAAACGAGGAUCCGUCAAGCUCGGGAAUCAGCAUGGGUUCCGGUUCUGGUUCGGGGAGCAGCGGUUGCGCUUCCAGCACCCUCGGAACUCUGCCUCUGAACCGAUGCUACUCGUCGCUUCCUCGCGGAGCGCCAACGGCUUACGGAAGUCUGACGAGGCCCGCGACCCUUCCUCGACUUCCGCUGGGCCUUGGGCCUGUCCCUAUGCCCACCGACAGGGAAAACGGCAGCAAACGCAACAGCGACAGCGUUCUCUGUCAUCGACUACCCCUUCUUCAUCCCCUGCCGACCUGCGAUCUUCCGAGUCAUCAGGGUACCGGUUUUCACGAGAUAUUCAGCGCCAUAAGAGAGCCGAACUGCAAACUCCGGUCCUUGAACGUGUCCAAAUGUCUUCUGGGAAGUCUCGACGCCGGAUGUCUCGCCGAGACUAUCAGACUGGCCCGAAAUCUCGACGCUCUAAGGGCCGCAGGAGCCUCCCGACCAGCCGACAUGAUGCCCCUGGUUCUGGCCCUGACCGAGGCCCCCUGUCUUCAGCUCCUGGAUCUGGCGAGUCCUCGAUUAGCCCUCGACGAUCAUCCGUCCCGACUGCUGUGCCACGCACUCGCCAGAAAUUCGACCCUAAAGCUACUCAGUCUGGAAGGAUGGACGUUUAGAAUAGAGGAAUCCGACAGCCUGACGGUAUUUUCCGAGCUUUUACGAUGCACAAGUGUCCGGGAACUGAGCUUGUGCAACGCUCGACUUCACCUGGCAGUUCACGAAGGGCCUCUCUCGAGGUUGGGUCGUCGAGACGACGCGGGAGCCGAGCUUUUAAGGGCUGCGGAACCGCCGGCGUGCCCAGCGAUAGUUUUCCUGAGACUGGCGGGUUUCCAGGUGACCGUGAACGACCGGCUCGCCUUGCGAGGUCCGCUGCUGCUGCCGUUCCUGGGCGGUUUCACCGCGCUUAGCGAGCUCGAUCUGUCUCUGGACAAAUCGACGAUCGGAGGAAACAGCGGUUCGCUUUUAUUCAUCGACGACAAGAUCCUGACGAGCUUCUUCGGCUGCCUUUCUUCUAACUUCCGGAGCCUCCAGUCACUGAGGAUGAACUUCUGGCGUGUCACGCUCGAGGAUUGCGACCGGACGAUGCGGCACAUAUCCAAAUAUCUAAAGCUCUGCGGGCUGAGCUUCCUCAAGAUGAACGGUCUCAUCGUUACCGACAGCGUCAAGAAGGUACAGGUCGAGCACAGCUUCCUCGGCACCGUCGUCGCCAGUCUCCAAGCACUCACCUGGCUCUGCAUCGACGGUAUCGAGCUUUCCGAGGCGCAGGCCUCCUUUCUCGGCAAAAUCCUCAGGGACCGUUUCCCCGGUUCUUCUCUCGAGAUUAGCGCCAAGGAUGUGAACGUCAAGGCCGUCAAGGCGCUCGUCGCUGCCGUCGAGGACGCCGGAAGGGCCGAGGUCCUUUACACCGGUGGCGCCCAUUGCAGACUACGGUUAACGAAGGUCCAGAAGAACGGGAAGCACAAAAAGAAGUGAGACUCUACGCUGCGAUUCGGCUAAUACCGAUUCGACACGUCUGAUUGAUGGACGAACUGUAAUAUCGAUCUGCAGCAGCUCCGAGGGUUGCAGGGACUCAAUUUCUGGUUAUAUUUCGAUACCGGAAUAAAGGGAGUUGCUAGGCGACUUUGAUUCACGCUCGGAAGUUCGUAUCCUUUAUCCGAUCAUAAUAUAUUAUAUAUUAUACGCGGUAUCGUAUAUAUAGCAUACAUAUGGGUUUUUUUAGAGCGGAUAUAGAUCGAUGUGGCUUUUGACCCCGUUCGCUCGGUAAAAUAUCUGCAAACUUUCGUAUCAGCGAGAAAAAUGUCGAGAAAUAUUUUUUUUCUUCUUUUUCUUCUUCUUAUUUUUCUCAAGAUGUCACACGAUAUUCUUAUUUUAUUAUACAAAGCUCGCGAUCGAUUCCGCAUACGUAAUUUUAUUUCCCUCUUAUGUAAUAUACAGUAAGGUAUUAAAGCCAUUUUUCUCUAUCGUUUUUUUCUUUAUCUCCUAACGUGACGUCUACGUAGAUUAAUAUCGAGCGUUGCGUCGAAUUUUCGGAUGUUGAAUAUUUAAGUUAUUCUGCAGUUUUUGAAAUUGACCGUACAUGCGAUAAAUCGACAUUGAAAAUGCAGAAAAUAAAGAAAUUAGUAUAUCGUUGAACGAGCCAAACUCGUUUUUUUUUUUUAAUGUUUUUAAUCACCCAAUUAACGUUUUAAUUAUACUUGUAUUUAAACGCGGAGAUGUUUUUUCAUUUCCGAAUCGUCGGAUUCGUAAUUUAAGUUUUAUCUAUAACCGUGCCAAAAUAAAAUAAAAAUAUAGGUAUAAUAAAAUUUAAUACCAAAUAGAGGCUACAAUAUAAUUCAUUAAUCUAGAUGAUGAUAGUGUUUCAGAAUCAAGUUUCAGGGACACAUUGUUAAGGAAAUAUAUUCAUCGCAGGCUUAAUUAGGCUGUAUCAAUAUUUAUUACUCUCAGAGUAAUUAAUGAACUAAAAAAUUCUGCAAGAUCUUUAUUUCUAUUUGCUAACGGAAAGCCGGUUGAUUGUUUUUUCUACAAUUAUUUAUCCAACGGAUCGUCGAAUCAUUCGGACGCCUGAAAAUUAUGUUACACAUCAAUUGCAGACGCGUGCGCAGCCUUGUCCCAAAAAUUAUUUAGAUACCUUAUAUAUCGCUUUCUUAUCUAUCGUACAAAAUGUCGUAUCUUGUUUAAUCGGGUCAACGCAAAGUAGAGAUUUGUAGUCGCUUUGUAAUAGACAAUAUACGUACAACACUCGAAGUGUAAUUGUUAAAAAUUUAUCUUAGUUCGCCCAAGGGAUUGCAUAAUAUAUAUAUUAUUUAUACAUCUGUCUAGAGUCUACUUUAUCCAUCGUGGAUAGAAAAAGUAUUGUAAAAAGUUUACGCAGCAAGUAAAUUCGUAAUCCGUGUAUAUAUAAUAACAUACGUAUAUACGUGACGUUGAACAAAAUUUUGAAAAAAUUUCUAGGUUUCUUUAUCAUUUGCAAAAAACAGGCUGUCCAUGUUAUAUUAUGAUGAAAAGUACGAAUUAUCCGAAAAAUCAUUUGUUGCUUAGAUGAUAAUAUAUGUGUAUACUACGCAAAGUUUUAAAUGACAUUUUUCGAAGUAUAUUCGAUGGAUAUUGGAUCAGCUGAGCUCUGUAUAAUAGUAAUUAAUUAUAUAUGCAUUAUAUAACUCAAAGAUA